AUGUCCGUGGAAUCAGAGACAACACCUCAUGAAUUGACUAUCUUACCCCUGGGUAAGCUUCCGAGAAGAAACCCGACAAGAAACAAGUGGGACAAUCUCCAAGACACGGAACUGACCUUCCUUACAGACCCAACAAAACCCAGAACCCAGUUUCCACGAUUUCCUUCCGGCGAUGGCUGGGAAGCUAGGCGGCGAAGGUCUGAUCGGAGAGCUCUGCAACGGUUUCGAGCUGUUGAUGGAUCGAGAUAA